UUCACCACAGCCUUGCGUCGCAGCCUGCUGAGCCUUGCGACGAGGCGUAAAAGGCGCCCCGUACGCUUGCUUAGACAUAUUACUAAGCUGCUCCAGGUUGCGCCUUGUGAAGUCAACACAAAGACCACUUUGUCCUCCACCACCUGCGACUGCCUCGUGCGUUGUCUCUUUCGUUACCCCGCUCUUCUACCUGAGCUCACAACUUUCCACUUGCAUCAUUUGUAACAGUACAAACCUAAUGAGCAAGAUGACGACCAUCAAACGAUGCAAGAAUCACAUUUUUGACCCAAUUAAUGUCUCUCUACCUGACGGGUUCACAGCAGAGAAAUUUGACAAGCUCCUAACGUCAGAAUCGAAUCCAGCGGCAGCAUUCACCUUCCCAGCUCUAGACAACUGGCUUGCGAAGCUGCUUCAGAACUUUGAACUCCAGCAGAAUGAGGCUCACCCCUUCCACAAGCACCCUUACAAGCUGCGAAUGCUAGAUGUUCAGGCUGUGGAUUGGUUUUGGCAAGGUCGCCCGGACCAGGAAGAUAAACUUGGCUUCAUGAAGAUCCAGGCGAGAAUUGAGACAGAUGCUUAUGUACACGACGGCGAAGAGAGGGCAACAGCUGACUGGAUCCCUGGAGCUGUGUUCCUGCGAGGUGGCAGUGUUGCUGUCCUGAUCAUCGUGCAACCAGAAGGUGCGCAGGGCGAGGAUGAGAAGCAUGUCAUCUUGACCGUACAGCCUCGCGUAGCAGCAUGUUCACUAGCAUUCAUCGAGAUUCUCGCCGGUAUGCUAGACGGUGGUUCAUUGAAGGGCACAGCAGCCACCGAAAUUGAGGAAGAAGCGAAGCUCAAAGUCAGAGAAGGCGAUCUCAUCAACCUCUCACAGCUUGCAGUGGAGGACGUGCCUGUCACCCCCUGGACAAACGUCAACAGCUCGUCAAUGCGCGCGCCCGAGACAGUUGAGAACGCCAUGUACCCGAGCGUUGGUGCUUGCGACGAGUUUAUACCCAUCUUCCUGUGCCAGAAGCGACUCACGAGACGCCACAUGGACUGGCUCAAGGGCAAGGCUACGGGUUUGCGUGACGAGGGCGAAAACAUCACGCUGAAACUCGUGCCGUUGAGCAGAGCUUGGAGAGAAGCAGGACGAGAUGCGAAGGCACUGGCUGCGAUAGCGCUCUAUGAUAACUUGAAGAGGGAAAAUCAGAUACCCAACAUGCCUCAAAACGCGGAGGCUGAGCCGGAGGAUAUUGAUUAGAUGUCAUGUUCGGAAGGGGUGGGACAUGACUGGGCAUGAGCAAUGAAUAGUUUGCCUUUCGACUGAUUCUGACUGUUCUCCAUCGAUCAAGACAAAAUUCCCCAGUUCCCGCACUAUGAGGACACCCUUCCCAGUUAGGGCCAUGACGGCAUUCGAAUUUCAGCGCUGCUGGUGUGAAGAACAUGGUGCAUGCGACAAGCAGACUGCUUUCUUGGACAAGUUGCCGUAGACUGCUCCAACGGGUUUAAGAUCUCAAGUGCAAGACCGUACACAGAACCAGAG